UUGUAAGCGAUGAGAAGUCUUAAGUCAGGAGGCUUUUACUCGAUAUAUCAAAUAAAUUAUGUGGCUUUAGAUUUCAGUGUUUCAAACACUGAAUGUUAUAGCGUACAGUCCAAAAGAACACUCAGGAGUGCAACUGCAACUCACACAAAUCAAUGCUGAAAGCCAUGCAUGAUUGCAGCCAGUUAGUUGACUCUCCAGUCUCAGACCUUAAAAGGAUCUUCCAUGGUCUGAAGAUCCUGGUGUGCAGACACUGCAAAGUUUUACCCAAGAAGAAGACUCGCAAGUUGCAUUUACUGGCAGAGUGGCUCCUCUACGUGCUGACUUAAAACUUCUGUCAUCAAGAGAGUUCUUAGUCUUUAGUGUUGUAUAAAGUUAGCACUUUGACACUACAGAGUAUUAAAUCCAUUCAUCUUCUACUACUUUGUCAUCCACAGGCGGAUCCAGAUUGAAAAGUGAUUUUCUCCAGAAAAGAGGGAACACUUUGUACGCUGAGUAGCGACAAGAUUCUUUACUUCUUAAACGCCACUUUGCAUGUGAGUGUGUGAACGGAGCCUCCAAACCAUGGUGGUUUCAGUAUGUGACCUUCCACCACGUAAAACUCCUUUGUUCUCUCUCAAACACACACACACACACACACACACGUACACUGUGCUGCAUCAGCCUAUGUGUAAAGGUCAAUUUCAGUACUCAGGAAAGUGUCUGUCCCCUCUAAACAUGAACCACAGGUGUUUCAUUACUUCUAAAAUGCGUCUUUCACUUCCUGGCUCCUCACUGUGCGAUGCUGUGUUCCUGCCUUAGAGGUGAGUCUAACAUUUCAAUGUACAUCUGUUUAAACACAUCAUUUUUAUUGGAGGGAGUCAUAGGUCAAACACAGUACAAGAUUAGAUUUCUUGCAUUUCAGUUUGUGCGUGUAUAGUUUUGCAAAGGAGAAUGAAUAUUUUGUAACUUGAUUUAAUUUCUCACUGUACAGGAUUGAAUGCAUCUUUGUAACAUUCUGACCUGCUGCUGUGCUUAUGUGUGGUACAGGCAAAGAUUCUUAUUAUUUUGUCCCUGAUAUUGUUUUGUGUCCAUGUACUACGAUGUGUAUCUGCCCUCUCUGCGUUGGCUCUACUAGCAGGGGGCACUGUAAAGUCUCAUCACACAGAAGACAACUAAUGCAUGACUUAUCUCUGUCACACAGCUUCUGGCCGAGUCAUACAACUGCUGGUUUAUCUGCUCCGACACACACCCUCUCAGUAGGGAAGUGUCAUUCUACCUCCCCCUCCACCUCCUUUUUCGCUGACUCCCCUGCUCACCCUUUCCUCUUUUCAUCUCCUCGCCUCACCCCUCGCUGAAUGCCAGGAGCUUCUAGUCAUGGAGCAGAAGACAGUCACACACCAACCGGGACUGUCGGUUACCAGAGACUCAACAUCGGAGUUUGAAGAGGAGGAGAGUUUCACUCACCCGAGGUCAAACAACACCUCUGCAGUGACAGACCCUAUAAUCACACAGCCCGGACUCGGCGUCACCACGACCACCAUCACCACUGUCACGCAGACGGGAGGAGGCUGGAGCAGCGGCUUGUUCGACAUCUGUGGAGACAAAACUACAUGUAUUCUUGGAGCUCUGGUGCCCUGCUGUUUAGACCUGAGUUUAGCUCACCAGUACGGUGAGUGCCUGUGCAUGCCGCUGUUACCAGGUUCCACUUUUGCCAUGCGAGUUGGGAUCAGAGAGAGGUACAAGAUACGGGGGAGUGUGUGCGAGGACUGGACCACAGUGUAUUGCUGUUACCCUCUGGCUACGUGUCAGAUGAUAAGAGAGAUGAAGUGGAGAAUGAAGACUCAGACAUAUCAUGUGUCCACUGCCCUUGAGUGCUCCUGAGGAAACU